GCUGUCACUCGUUUUCCCGCAACCCCUGUCGCAGUGUCGUCGCCUUCUACCUCGGUUGAAUAUUUGCCGUUUUGUCUUUAAAAAUGGAGAAAUAUUUGGCGUUAUUCCUCGCAAUUGUGUCUGUUGCUGUUGCAAGUGAUGUCCUAGAGUAUACAGAUUCAGAUUUUAGCACGAGAGUGGCGGAAGAAGACGUAGUACUUGUAGAAUUCUUUGCACCAUGGUGUGGUCAUUGUAAGAAGUUAGCCCCAGAAUAUGAACAGGCAGCAACAAUUCUGAAGGCCAAUGAUCCUCCUGUAGCACUUGCGAAGGUCGAUUGCACGGCGAAUCAAGACGCUUGCCAAAAGCACGGCGUCAGUGGUUAUCCGACUCUCAAGAUCUUCAGAGGAGGAGAGUUAUCUGGCGAUUACCAAGGACCUCGGGAGGCUAAUGGUAUUGUGAAGCACAUGCGUGGGCAGGUCGGAGCAGCGUCAAAAGAAGUGAAGAGUGUUGAAGAGAUGGAAAAAUUCUUGGAGAACUCUGUAGCUGGAAUCAUCGGUUUCUUCGAUUCGGAAACGGAUUUGUACAAAAUUUUCAAAAAAACUGCUGACUCAUUCAGGGAAGAAUACCGGUUUGCACACACAUUUGACAGUGCUGUCGGGGAAAAGUAUGGACAUAAAAACAAUGUCGUCUUGUUCCGACCAAAGCGGCUCACAAACAAGUUUGAGCCGGAUUCCGUGGUAUAUGAUGGAGAUGACACUGUGUCCAGCGUCAAGCAGUUCAUAUCUGAUAAACUACAUGGCCUGGCCGGCCACAGGACGCGAGACAGCGAGAAGGAUUUCAAGAAACCCCUCGUCGUGGUUUACUACAACGUGGACUACGUCAGAAACCAGAAAGGUUCGAACUACUGGAGGAAUAGGGUAAUGAAAGUGGCACAGAAGUUUGAAGGAGAGACUAUAUAUUUUGCCAUCUCAAGUUCUGAUGACUUCAUGAAUGAACUGGAAGAGUUUGGCCUUAAGUACAAGGAGAAGCCGGUUGCUGCAGCACGCAAUGUCAGGGGCGAGAAGUUUGCUAUGACAGAAGAGUUUAGUAUGGAUACCCUUGAGGCAUUCGUUCAGGAUUUGUUGGCAAACAAGCUAACUCCCUACCUUAAGUCUGAAUCUAUACCAGCUGAUAAUGAUGAGCCUGUCAAGGUCGUCGUUGCGAAACAAUUCGACGAGAUUGUCAACGACGAGAGUAAAGAUGUUCUUAUUGAGUUUUACGCCCCCUGGUGUGGACACUGCAAGCAGCUUACGCCAAAAUACGAAGAAUUGGCAACGAAGCUAAAAGAUGAAACAGAUAUUGUCAUCGCCAAGAUGGAUGCAACAGCCAAUGACGUGCCUGCCCCAUAUGAUGUCCGUGGCUUCCCCACGAUCUACUGGGCGCCGAAGGGCCAGAAGCAGAAGCCGCAGAAGUACGAGAGCGGUCGUGAGGUGGAGGAUUUCCUGCCAUACAUUGCGCAGCACAGCACCAACCAGCUGAAAGGAUGGGAUCGCAAGGGCAAGAAGAUGUCGAAAGAAGAAUUGUAAUCGCAUCGUCUUACGAACCAUCUUUGCUGGCGUAUUAUUCCCCUGGAAAACUCCGCUGUCAUUCGGUGACCGUGACGCAUCUGUAACGAAUCUGAAUGCAUGUUUACGAUGAUAAACGUUACAGAUACCGGGAAAUUUCCUUUAGGAGGCAAUGUCAUUUCUAAAAAAGAUGAUCGUGGUAUAAAAAACGAACAAAACCUGGUGAUAUUUUGCUUGGGAUGGAAGUUAUUAACUGUCCACUGGGUUUCAGAAAAUCGGAAAUUGACUGGAAUUUAUGGAAAAACUAUUUUUUACAACCAAGGUACUUUACUGCCUCAAUGAGAAUAACAGUAUAACACCGGCAUUAACAGCAAUUUGUGGGUGGUGGUAUUGUAGUAUCAGAUGCAUGUGCUUUCCACGGCUCCUAAUUGCUCUUGUGGCCUUCCUAUGGGUACUCGUAAACGAUUCCCCAGUGGCCGUGUACCAAGUUUUAUUCCCAUUACGACGUUGUGAUCGCACGUGGCGCUAGCGCCGUUUUAUACGCUCUCGAAUUUUGUACGUGUCGGGCCGUCGCGCCCGAGUGUGUCCCCCCCGUGUUUAUCGUUAUUGCGAUUGUCGGCGUGUUAAACACAAGUACGUUCUCUAGCCAGCCCUCUGAGCGCCUGCCCCAUCUGUCGUGAUUUGCUGAGCGGUCCUAAUCUCGUUUACACCUGCGUGCAGCGGGACACGUUUUUGCUGUCACCGAUCGCCACUGCCGCCGCAGGAGUUAUGUCAUUUCGGGGAAAAAAAAAACAAUUUGCAGGGAUCGUACCCUCGUCAUGCAGCUAGGCCCGUCUGUAAUCCCUUUCUUCGUUGACCGUUAGGAAAUGGGCAUAGAAUCCAUCCUAGCAUGUUGCCGUUCACGUGACGCACAGUCUUGCAUUGUAUGCAUGUAUCCGUUAGCUACCCGGCAGUUUGCAGAAAGGUUCCUCUUUAUAAUUUCGUCCACUUGCUCGUAACAGUUGAUUGUAACGGUGAUUGUCGUUUUCAAAGUUAUAUUUUCGUGAAGUAACCGAGCGAGGUCCAUUCUAGUUUUUGUAUAGAUGUCCGUUGUUGUACUGACGUAGUUGUUAAUUCAGUUUCAAUCUACAACUGCGGUAUUGUCAUCUUUUGCUACGGCGUUUCAUGUCUGGUGAAAGUAUCAGUAAACUACUUUGUGGACUACUACGUUGGUGUGUUUAUCGCCAGAUGUGCAGGUUUAAUGUCUGCGUGCGAGUGGACACGAUUUGAAGCCUUGCAGCAUAGAUUCUGACAGGUGGUAGUAUGUGACGGGGAUUGUUGGUUUAUCUGCAUGCAUGUUGGACUGGUGAAUAGGUGGCACACUAGGUUUGGGAGCUGCCUCGCUGGAUGCAAUAAAGGUCACUGUAAACCCCUCUAA